AUGGACUACCCGGUUGACCCUGAUGAGGUAUUCACUCUGCAGGACGUAGGGGACCAGAUGGCGUAUGAUGUGGCCAGGUCCGUGUCUGGGUAUAAAACCGCAGGGGGUUAUGGCGUGGAGGAUACCUGGAAGGAGAAACUCCAGACAAGCGUCAAGGAGAAGGGUGGCUGCGGGCUGGAGUUCCUGCUGGUUCUCUGCGGACUUGAGUUUUCCUGGUCCUGCCCUCGUCACUGCAUCUGCUACACCGCACCCAGCACCGUCUCCUGCCAGGCCCACAACUUCCUGUCGGUCCCUGAAGGCAUCCCUCCCGACAGCGAGCGCAUCUUCUUACAGAACAAUAAGAUCCACCGCUUGCUUCGGGGCCACUUCAGCGCCAACACAGUCACUCUGUGGAUUUAUUCCAACAACAUCACAUACAUUGAGCCCUCCACCUUCCACGGCUUCACGCUGCUGGAGGAGCUGGAUCUGGGAGACAACCGCCACCUGCGCUCCCUGGCUGAAGACACCUUUCACGGCCUGAGUCGGCUCAAUGCGCUGCACCUGUACCGCUGUGGACUCAGCUCGCUCCCGAAUAACAUCUUCCAAGGCCUCAGAAACCUGCAGUAUCUCUACUUGCAGGAUAAUCAUCUGAAGUUCCUGCAGGAUGACACAUUCAUGGACCUCCACAACCUGAGCCACCUGUUCCUGCAUGGGAACCGUCUGUGGAGCAUCAACCAGAACACCUUCCGGGGCCUGCGAGCCCUGGACCGCCUGCUCCUGCACCAGAACCAGAUCGAGUGGGUCGACCGCCUGGCCUUCCAUGACCUGAAACGUCUCACCACCCUGUUUCUGUUCAACAACUCCCUGAUCCAGCUGUCCGGACAGUGCCUGGACAUGCUGCCCGGCCUCGAAUACCUGCGCCUCAACAACAACCCCUGGACGUGCGACUGCAAGGCCCUGACGCUCUGGGAAUGGUUGAAACGUUUCCGAGGGUCGACCUCCUCCGUGGGCUGUGAGGCACCAGCUGAUUUGGCCGGGAAAGACCUCAAAGAGCUGCGCAAGGAGGAUUUCCCCAACUGCUCCCCAACUGUUCCCAACUCCGAGUCCAGAGCCCAGAUUAACAAUUUAUCUGGCACGGUGAAUCCGUCCCUGAACCGCAGCGUGGCGGGGGACUCUGGAGGGCAGACCCUCAUCGUGCACCCCUCCAGGCCCGGCCGCUCUCGGAACUGCACAAAGUCUCGUAACAGGGUGAGCAAGGGGAAGGGUGACAACGAGGUUCACUCCAAGGAGGUCAUGGCCGACAAGGAGGAUUCCUCCCCAGACUUCACAGACGGGGGGAAACACGACCACACGUCCCCAGACGGCACCGUCACGAGGAGGAAGCACAAGUGCCCCCCCCGGACCACUGUUCGUCCCCCUAGUGGGGUUCAGCAAGCCAACAGGGCAAGCUCCUCCCAUUCCUUACUACAUGUCUACGCCCUCCUUGUGGCCUUGAUAACAGCAAAUCUGGACAAUAUCCUCCGUUGA